AUGUCUACUGUCCAGGGCGGCAAGACCGGCGGCAAGGGCGGCAAGGGUGGCAAGGGUGGCAAGGCCGGUGGCGGUGACAAGAACCAGAGCACGCGCUCGCAGAAGGCUGGUCUCCAGUUCCCUGUCGGUCGUAUCCACCGUUACCUCAAGGCGCGCACCCAGAACAACAUGCGUGUCGGCGCGAAGGCGGCCGUCUACGCGUCGGCCAUCCUCGAGUACCUCACCGCCGAGGUCCUCGAGCUCGCCGGCAACGCGUCCAAGGACCUGCGCGUCAAGCGUAUCACGCCGCGUCACUUGCAGCUCGCCAUUCGCGGUGACGAGGAGCUCGACUCGCUCAUCCGCGCCACCAUUGCCGGCGGUGGUGUCCUCCCCCACAUCCACAAGAACCUCAUCAAGGGCCCGGGCGAGCUCCAGGGCGGCAUCCAGAUGCCCGUCAAGCCCGUCGGCAUGCCCCAGCACCCGCAGUAG